AUGGAAAAGAAUUCAAAAUUGAUUGAACAUGAAUUAGAAAAUGAGAUUGUGGGAGCCACAUCUGACGCAUGCGAGAAGGUGAAUAGGAAUGAUGAGACGGAGGUCAAUGAAAAUCCUAAAUCUUCGAAGAAAGGGGAUAAAGGGAAAAGAGAUGAAAAGCUAUCGGUGGAUGUAAUUAGGGGCAAUUGUAAUGCUCCAAAUGAAAUGUCAAUCCAAUUUAUUGCGCCUAAGAUUGUCGACGGCCAAGUGGAAAUGGAAAUUGCAAAAGAAGAUGUUGAAGCGGAUAUGAGAUUCUGGGAAACAUCAUUGAUAAUGUAUGUUCUUGAAACAAAUUUGAGUAUGCACGCUGUUAAGAACUACAUGACUAGAACAUGGAAUUUUGUGACAUUGUCGGAAAUCUACUAUAAUGAUGAAGAAUACUUCAUUCUGAAAUUAAAGUCAUGUAAGGAUAGAGACAAGGUGAUAAUGAAUGGACCAUAUACGUUUCAGAAUAUGCCAAUGGUUAUCAUGGAAUGGCGACAAGAUUUUUCGAUGGAACGAGAUGUGCUUAGAACAAUCCCACUGUGGGUUAAACUCCCUUAA